AUGGAUGAAGAUGAUUUUUUGCUUUUGCUCUUUUUAACUAAUUCUCCCAAGUAUAACACCAAAACUCAUCAAUGGAGGUCUGAUGAAAUUUUCAAGAGAACAGGUCAUCGAUAUAGCCGACAAGUUCUUUCUUACCAUCUAAAAAAAUACAGUGAACUUACUGGAAAAAGAGCAACUAAAAGCACUCAUUUAGGCGAAUCUCCUCGUAUCGCUUGGUCACGAAAGGGUUGUCCGGCAGUUGUUGAGCAAAAAGGUCAAAAAGGUCCCAACUACACUUUAAUCCUUUGUGUUAGAAAUGUAGAAAAGGGAGCGGUGGUCAGUUCUAAACUGAUUAAAAAUGUGAAAAAGAAAAUUAAAGAUGAGAAAACUGGGAAAGUAAGAAUCAAAAAGGGAACUGAUGCUAUAGACUUUUAUGAUUUCCUCAAAAACAUUGAAUUGCCUACUAAUGAAAAGUAUUAUCUUUUGUUGGAUAAUUCUAAAAUUCAUUAUACUACUAAGGAAUUAGAGAAGUUAGGUUUAAGUAUGGAAGAAUUAGCCAAACAAAAGAAUAUUGAACUUGUAUAUUUGCCUAAAUAUACUCCUGAAUUAAACCCGAUUGAAUUAUGUUUCAAUACUGCAAGGUACCUUACUGAGAACUUACCGACUGAUGCUGAGGAAGAAUUGGAAGCAGCAAUUAGUAAAAUUAUAAAUAUGUUUAAUCAGAAGAAUAUGUCCAA